AUGGUUCGUCUGUUGGCAACAUUUCUUCGAUCCUCUCGGGCUGCUGUGCCCUCAGCUCGCCCGCUCUAUUCUCGAGGUUAUUCCGCUGCGAGUGGCGGCGCCGAAGAUGCUGCCUCCCGCGGAUCGAACUCGAAAAGAGUUCCUGAAGGGGAUCCUAUCCGAAGUUUCGUAGAGCCUCCAGAGCCUCAGACUCGCAAUAGCCAGCCCUCACCCCCCUCAAUUGGGCGCCAAGGCAUCCGAAUCCACACCGCGAAGGGGAAUAUCUCGGCCAUGCACUCUCUGCUGCGUGACGGCUGCAAAUGCCCGCAGUGCGUAGACCAACACUCGAAGCAGCGCAAUUUCCGCAUGUCGGACAUUCCAGCGGACAUCAAGCCGCGCUCCGCAGACUGGGACGGAAGCGUCCUGAAAGUGAAAUGGGAGAACGACAUCCCCGGGUUCGACGAGUCGCACACGUCCACAUACACGCUCAACCAGCUCCGAAACCCCAGCGCAAACUACUCCUACCACAGCACCGGCCGCAAGAGAAAGCGCCUGCUGUGGCACAGCUGGUUCAAGCACCGCUUCGUCUCCUACGAAGAGUACAUGCACGACGACAAAGCCUUCUCCAGCGCCAUGCGCGGCCUCGCCCAGACCGGCCUCCUCUUCGUCAAGGACGUCCCGGACUCCCGCUCUGAAGUCGAGAAGAUCGCAACCCGCAUGGGGCCCCUCCGGAACACCUUCUACGGCGCCACGUGGGACGUCCGCACCGUCCCCGAGGCCAAGAACGUCGCCUACACGAACCAGUUCCUGGGCUUCCACAUGGACCUGAUGUACAUGAACGAGCCACCAGGAUUCCAGCUCCUGCACUGUCUCCAGAACUCGUGCGAUGGCGGCGAGUCGCUGUUCGCGGACUCGUUCGCCGUCGCCAGACAGCUUAGCCUUGAUGACCCGGAGGCGUUCAAGGCCUUGUGCCACUUCCGGCUCUCGUACGAGUAUAACCAUCAGAAUGAUGUUUAUUCCAACGAUUGGCCCGUGUUCCAGACGUUUGUGGAUGAGUACACGCAGCAGACGAGGCUGAUGCACGCCAACUACUCCCCGCCCUUCCAGGCCCCGAUGCACGGCCAGCGCCGUCCGUUCAACCGCACCGUGACCGAGAUGCGGGCCCUGGAUAAAUUCGCCAAGAUGCUGGAGGACGAGCGGUAUAUCUACGAGCUGAAGCUGAACCCGGGCGAGUGUGUGAUCUUCGAGAAUCGCCGCGUGCUGCACGCCCGCAAGCAGUUCAAUACCGCUACUGGCCAGCGCUGGCUCGCUGGUGCCUAUGUUGAUGAGGACGCCGUCUUGUCCAAGUUCGCGACGUCGGCCCGUAAAUACCCGCAGCUGUGGCGUGACAGCCCCAGCAAACCAUAUCGGAAACGGGCUGAGGGAGAGAGCCACGAUGGGCCUUCCAAAGAGGAAUUGACUAUGUAA